AUGAGCUCACCUCCAAAGUUGCGUUUUCCAGAGGGUUUUCUGAUAACGCGUGACGAUGAAGCUAUAGUAGUUCUUGGUCGUCUUAUAGAGGAGAACCAUAAGAAGAACCGGUUGCUGUAUAAAGAAGUGCUACACAACCAUGUUCAGCAUGGAUUGUUAGCUGCGUACUGCCUUGGAAGUAGCGGCGCAAGGCUAAUGGGAAUAUAUUCCGAGGAGAUAAAGGAACUCGAAGGGCGUGAAAAAUCCAAGCAUGAGAAAUUAAUGACAGAGGCUGUCCUUGAUACAGUGUUGGGACAUCGGGAAAAUGAGCUUGAUUUUAUCACAUAUUUCGAGCAGCAACAGUCUGAGUCUGGUCUCAAUUUGCAACAGAUUUUACAGUACUGGAUUCUCGACCGAGAAAAGCAAUUCUUGCCAGGUUUUAUUGGUGGUUAUGCCCACCCACUAAUUAUGUUCGCGGAUUCAGUGGAGCUGGGUAGCUCGAUGUUGGCUUUUGAUGCCCUUGCUCUCACGGCUGUCGACUGGAGCCCCUUGACAAGUCUAAUCACCAUGAGUCUACCAGAGCCACAGACUUGCCCAAAUGGGAUAAUUGAGAUACUCGACACAAUCCGAAGCGAUCCUUCCUUUGAACAUGUUGUUCCAAGUCCUGGUAUCCAGCACAUUACUGAAAUUUUUCAUGAUGGACCUGCAAAAGCUGCGGUAAUAAAAUACCUUAGCAUCGGUUACGCAUAUCUCUCAAAGCCGGAAUUCAAUCUGGAAGUCACAGAGGAAAUGGUUGAGAUUGCUAUCCAUUUCCUGGUGUGUACGCAUGCGCCUGGAGCACCGGCUUUUGACUUCUAUCUGUGUCAUAAUCUAACGGGCGGCCAGUAA